AUAAACCCUAAUUUGGUCUGUCAUAACAUAAACCCUCAAACCCUGCUUAUUCUCAUCCGCACACAACCAUCAUCUUUCAAACAUGCCUAAGCGAAGCAAAAAGAGUAAAAGUAAAAGAGUAUCAUUGAAACAGAAGCAUAAAGUAAUCAAGAAAGUCAAAGAACAUCAUAAGAAAAAAUCCAAAGAAGCUAAAAAACUUGGUUUGAAUAAGAGACAGAAAGUUGAGAAAGAUCCUGGGAUUCCUAAUGAUUGGCCUUUUAAGGAGCAAGAACUUAAAGCUCUCGAAGCUCGCCGUACGAAAGCCCUCGAAGAAAUCGAGCUGAAAAAAGCUGCCCGUAAAGAAAGGGCUAAAAAGAGGAAGUUGGGUUUAUUGGAAGAUGAUGGAGAUGAUAUGACCAGUCUGGCGGAGCAGGUUUCUGCAAAAGAAAAAGAAUUUGCAGGGAAAAAACCCGUUGAUAAUUCAACUAAAACUCUGGAGAGGUCAUUUUACAAGGAGUUGUCCAAAGUUAUUGAAGCCUCAGAUGUCAUUUUGCAAGUGCUCGAUGCCCGGGAUCCUCUAGGGACCCGCUGCAUUGAAAUGGAAAAAAUGGUGUUGAAAGCUGGUCAUGAGAAACGUCUCGUGUUGCUUCUUAAUAAAAUAGAUCUCAUUCCCCGUGAAGCUGCUGAGAAAUGGCUAAAGUAUCUUAGAGAGGAGUUACCCGCAGUUGCUUUUAAAUGUAGCACCCAAAAGCAGAAAUCGAAUCUAGGGUGGAAAGCUGCAAAGUCUGCAAAAUUGACCAGCAAUUUAUUGCAAACAAGUGACUGUCUAGGGGCAGAAACUCUUCUAAAGCUUCUGAAGAAUUACUCAAGAAGUCACGAGAUCAAAAAGUCAAUUACGGUUGGUGUAGUUGGGUUGCCUAAUGUAGGAAAGAGCAGUCUCAUUAAUAGCUUGAAAAGGUGUCAUGUUGUGACUGUUGGUGCUACCCCAGGUCUCACAAGAACCAUGCAAGAAGUUCAGUUAGACAAGAAUGUUAAGUUAUUGGACUGUCCUGGUGUUGUGAUGCUCAAUUCCGGGGAGAAUGCUGCUGCUGCAGCUCUUCGAAAUUGUAUAAAAAUCGAGAAGUUAGAGGACCCCGUUGCUUCAGUGCAGGAAAUCCUCGAGAAAUGUCCAUCAGAAAUGUUGGUUACAGCAUACAAGAUUCCAGUUUUUGCUUCUGCUGAUGACUUCCUUUCAAAGGUCGCUACUGUGAGAGGUAAACUAAACAAAGGUGGCAUUUUGGACACUGCUGCUGCUGCAAGAAUUGUUUUACGCGAUUGGAAUGAAGGUAAGAUUCCAUACUAUACAAUGCCACCUAAUAGGAAGGAAGGAGAGGCUAUGGAGGCAACUAUUGUACCAGAAUUAGGAAAGGAGUUCAAUGUGGAUGAAGUAUAUGGCACUGAAUCCUCGUAUAUUGGCAGCCUAAAAUCUGUGAAUGAGUUUAAUCCUGUGGAGAUUCCACCAAGUGACCCUCUGGCUUUUGAUGAGUCGAUGCUUGAGGAUGAAAAACAGCCAGAGAUAACUCCCAUAGAAAGCAAUAUGGCAGAUCAAGCGAUGUCAGAAGAUGAAAAAGAUAUGCCAGAAACCCAGGUCAAGAAUAUAAGUAGUCAACAAAACGAGAAACUAUAUGCCACAGAAGGUAUUCUUAACUCCAAGCAAAAGAAAGCGGAAAAGAAAAGAAGGAAAAAGGCCACUAAAUCUGCUGCAUUGGAAGAAGAUGGUGAUUAUGACUUCAAGAUAGAUUACAAGAAAAAGGGAUCUACCGACAUGGAUGUUGGUGAGGAAGAAGAGAAGGAUGUCGAUGAUAAUAAUGAUGGUUCAGCUGAUGGAAAUGGAAACAAUGUUGAUCAGAGUGAAGUGUAAGGUAGUUUAAGUUUGUUGUUUGGUUUUGGAGAAAAUUAGGCAAUAUUUUGAUAAUGGAGGAAAAUGCUUGAACUGUGAAAGGAUGUAUUCGCUUAGAUGUCUUUUGGUUAACCAAAAGCUCUCUUUUUUGUUUAAAUGAGAUUAUAAUUUAUAUUCA